AGAGCUAUUUCGGUGCAAGGUCGUCCGCUGUGUCUGUGACUAUGGAUGUGAUAGUGCGAAGAGAUAAGGAGUCAUUGCGUAUAGUCACGAUUUCCCUAUAGUUUACAGCCGGGCUUGAUUGAAUGUAUGUGACCAACUGAGUGUAUGUCGCGCCCAGAGAUUGUGUUGCAAGCUUAUCAACAGUAAAAUUUAUUAGACUGUUAUAUUUUGCUUGACAAAAGGUAACACACAGCGCUUCCAUGACAGAAUGGACAGUAGCGCCAAACCGGAACGCAAGAAUCCACGCCAAGGCGCAAAUUUUUUCUCCCAACURAUAUUUGCCUGGGCGGUGCCUUUGCUGUAUCGCGGAUCACGAAAUGGUCUGACUACAGAUGAUCUGACGCAAUGCCUAAAAGAGGAUCAUUCGGAGCAGCUGGGUGAUCGGCUGGAGGAUGAGUGGUACAAGGAACUGGGGCGUGCCCAUCGUAAAUCUAGGAAGCCUCGCCUGCGCAAUGCCUUAUUUCGUUGUUUCCUGGGACCCACGAUAGUCAACGGACUCAUAUGCCUUCUCUAUAUCAUCAUGAAAACGCUGAUACCAGCCUUACUAGCACAGCUGCUGCUGCAGUUUCAGCAUCAUGCUAAUCCCGUGUCGACAAUGAGGGCAGCCGAAGAACAAAAUAUUCGCAGUAUGCUUAAUCGCACAGUGCGGUCUGUGGCAACACCGGGGCUAACCUCAGAUGAUGGAACGAUCCAUUCGCCAAAUGCAUUGGACAGCGAUGAUCCAGUCAAGCAGCUCGUGAAGAGUGACUUCGAAGAUUCCGGAUACAAUGCGAGCCAAAUGAAUGCUUUUGAGGAGGGUUUUUAUUAUAUCUGGAACGAUGUUUACAGUCUUGGCGCGGGUUUGGUCAUUUCAACCUUGAUUUGUUGUUUUAUGGUGCAUCAUGUUGACCUGCGCCAACGUCUGAUGGGCGCUCGAAUGCGCAUAGCCUGUUGCUCUUUGAUCUACCGAAAGACUUUGCGGCUGUCUAUGAAGACGGCGGGGCAGACACCAGCUGGUUAUCURAUCAAUCUACUCUCAAAUGAUGUCAACCGCCUGGAUUACGGCUUCAUAUUUAUGCAUUGGAUCUGGAUUAUGCCACUCCAGGCGGUGCUUACCUGCUAUUUAAUAUGGCUGCGUAUUGGUAUCCCGGCCUUAGUGGGCGUCAUUGGAUUACUGCUGAAGACGGUGCCCAUACAGUCGGCACUGAGUAAGCUAACCUCGGUGCUUCGCAUGCGUAUAGCUGAGCGUACGGAUGCGCGCGUUGGAAUCAUGAACGAACUAGUGCAGGGCAUUCAGGUCAUCAAGAUGUACGCUUGGGAAAAGCCUUUUGAGGCGGUGGUCGCCGAGGCCAGACGCCGCGAGAUAAAACAGAUUCGUUACGCUUCGUACCUGCGUGGAUUUUACCUCAGCACUAUGGUCUUCACAGAGCGUUCCACUUUGUAUAUCACCCUGGUCGCAGCUGCUCUCAUGGGACAUACAAUUACAGCUGAUUUCGUAUUUUCGGCCGCAAGCUAUUAUAACAUCCUACAGUUGGUGGCGGCCAUUUGGUAUCCUUUGGCUGUAACCUUUGGAGCCGAAGCAUUGGUCUCCUUGCGUCGCAUUCAGGACUUUCUUCAGUUGGAGGGUCGUGAUGAGAUUGUCAACGGAUUGACGCACAAACGACAGCAGGACAUCGGCGAGACACGUGCAAUUGUCCUAAAGGACGUCAGUGCCAACUGGGACAAGGAGCGACCCCAACGCACGCUUCAGGGCUUUAAUCUGCAGAUAGAAAAGGGUCAGCUCUGUGCGGUCAUUGGUCCGGUUGGAGCUGGAAAGAGUUCGCUGCUACAGCUGCUACUUGGCGAGCUGCCCAUAGUCGAUGGCGGUGUUAUUAUACAAGGUGAGCUCUCAUAUGCCUCACAGGAGCCGUGGCUUUUUACUGGCACCGUCAGGAAUAAUAUUCUAUGUGGCGAGCAAUACGAGCGCAAGCGAUAUCAGGAUGUAACGAGAUGUUGCGCCCUAACCACAGACUUUCAGCAACUCAGCAAUGGCGACAAGACCAUCGUUGGAGAGCGCGGAGCUUCACUAUCUGGAGGUCAACGGGCUCGUAUUAGCUUGGCGCGAGCCGUCUACAAACCAGCAUCAAUUUAUCUCCUGGAUGAUCCCUUGAGCGCGGUUGAUGCCCACGUUGGACGACAUCUGUUCGACGAGGUGAUCGGACCACGUGGCAGACUGGCUCAGCAGAAGGCGACUCGGGUACUCGUCACCCAUCAGGUGCACUUUCUAUCAGAAGCCGAUUGGAUUAUCAUUGUGGAUCAGGGUCGCAUUUUGAGACAGGGAACUUAUACGGAGCUGAUCAAUAGUGACCUAGACUUUGCCAAGUUACUAGAGCGUCCAAAAGAAGCGGAUGAUGCUGGUAAUAACUUGGACUCAUCGUCAAGUUUAAAUGGGCAGGAAAAUAUAGAGGAAGACGAUGAUAUACCCUAUAUCGAUGGUGUUCGGGAUGGCUACCAUCCAUUACGGAAACAAAGCAGCUCCACACAUGGCAGCAAAUCGCUGAACAGCAGUGACCAAACGGAAGCCGAUCUAGAUGAUGAUGAACUGGCUGAGACUCAGGGCUCGGGCAGCAUCUCCCCGCGUGUGUGGUAUGAAUACUUCCAUGCGGGCAGCACGUGCUUGGGCUUUAGUUUCAUGGUGUGCGUCAUGCUGAUGUCGCAGGUGGUGUGCAGCUGCUCCGAUUUCUUCGCCAAUAUCUGGACGCAGGAGGAGCAUCGGCGAUCCCAAGGCGAAGCCACCAGCGUUAGCACUUUUGAAUGCAUUUAUAUUUAUGGUGCUCUCAUCAUUGGCGUCGUGAUUAUGACAACGUUUCGCGGAUUUUUGUUCUUCAAGACCUGCAUGCAUGCGUCCAAGGUGCUACACGAUCGCAUGUUCACCUCGAUACUGCACGCGACCAUGAGAUUCUUCGACACUAAUCCCUCUGGUCGUAUACUGAAUCGGUUCUCCAAAGAUAUGGGUGCUAUUGAUGAGCUUUUGCCGCGUGCCAUGAUGGAUUGUAUACAGAUUGCUCUGGUCAUGUUUGGCAUAUUAAUUGUGAUCGCUGUGGUGAAUCCUGUACUAUUGGCUGCAAUGAUAGUUGUGGCUAUUAUAGAUAUGCUCAUAUUAAAGCUCUACYUGCGCCCCUCCCAAGAUCUAAAGCGCCUAGAAGGCAUUUGCCGCAGUCCAGUGUUCUCCCACCUGAGCUCGACUUUGACGGGUCUUUCGAUCAUACGCUCACGUCAGCUACAGGAUGUUGUCGCCAAGGAAUUCGAUCUAUUGCAAGAUGUGCACAGCAGCGUCUGGCAACUGACCAUGGCGGUCAAUACGGCAUUGGGGCUGUGGUUGGACUGCGUCAGUUGCGCGUUCCUCACGGCGGUCACUUUCAGCUUUAUAAUCGCCAACGAAUCUACUUAUAGCGGCAAUGUGGGCUUGGCCAUAUCACAGGCUAUGAUCCUAACUGGCAUGGUGCAGUAUGGUGUCCGUCAGGUGGCGGAGUCACUGCAACAGAUGACCAGUGUGGAGCGUGUGCUGCAGUACACGGAGCUGGAACAGGAGGAGACGACAAAGGGUGUGGAGCCCUCUCAGCAAUGGCCCACAUUGGGGCAGGUGGAAUUCCGUGACAUGAGUUGCCGCUACGAUCCCAAUGGCUCGGCUGUGCUCAAGCAUCUCAACCUAAUCAUUGAACCAGGCUGGAAGGUGGGAAUUGUGGGUCGCACGGGAGCAGGAAAGUCCUCGCUUAUUGGCGCACUCUUCCGUCUGGCAUACAUUGAGGGCGGCAUCUACAUAGAUGACAUCGAGACGGGUAGCAUCUCGCUGGAGACACUGCGUGCCCGCAUUUCCAUUAUACCGCAAGAUCCUGUGCUCUUCUCGGCCACCAUCCGUUAUAACUUGGAUCCCUUUGAGCGUUACAGUGAUGCAGAGCUGUGGCGCGCUCUCGAAGAUGUCGAACUGCGAGCUGCGAUUCCCGGUCUCGACUUUCUGGUCACCGAACGUGGCAGCAAUUUCAGUGUGGGUCAACGACAGCUCCUUUGUUUAGCUCGCGCGAUUCURCGCAACAACAAGGUGCUAGUGCUGGACGAAGCAACUGCCAAUGUAGAUCCACAAACGGAUUCACUGAUCCAGCGGACAAUUCGUGUCAAGUUCCAGCACUGUACAGUAUUGACUGUAGCACACAGACUGCAUACAGUCAUGGACUCGGAUCGUAUUAUUGUGAUGGAUGCUGGCAGCGCAGUGGAAUUCGAUGUACCACACCUGCUGUUGAAGAAGCCGCACGGAAUACUCAGACAAAUGGUCGAGGCCACCGGAGGAGAGGCCGACACGCUUAAGAGUGUGGCCUACAACUCGUUCAAACGUAUGCAGCAG